AUGCACAGUCUGGGAUUGAAAGAGCCGCUGUGUGGGGCUGAACUACUCCUAAACCAAGACAUAAGCCACAAGGCAUUAGAAAAGCACAAGUUCAAGAAGCUAAGUGAAAGCUCCACUGCUGCCAACGAGGACAAGUGAAGAACUGUGGGAGCUUUUUGCUGUUUUCUGUUUUCAUUCAUUCAUUCUACUUUUACAACACAAGGUUUUUCUAAGGAGAGGACGCAUUUCUGUGGAUUGCCUGCAAGUCACAGAAUCUUUUUGCCAAGCUUCGCUUGGGAGGGAUUCAAAAGGACGACUUUUAGUUAUGUUUUGUUUUUUUUCCACCGAAAUUUAAAGGAUGAGCGUUCAAUGAUAAAACCACUUGGAAUAUGGGAUUUUUAAUCUAUGAUUUGGACCACAGGGACAGGCAACUAUGUGUUUGUGCUCAACUUUGGGUGAUUCUGAUAACUCUUGCAGGUAAAAUCACUCCAACCAGCUCAGAUACCCUCUUCAGUUCGUCAGCAAUGACAGCCAGUCCUUCACCACCCACUGUGUAUCUGCCUGCCAGUUUUAAAAUGUCCAAUGCACAACUGGCUUUCUUUUUGCGAGAGGCUCAGAUCACAGGAGAAACAGUUGCUGGUGGCAGUAAGGGCAGCAGCCCUGGCACCGGAAACCCACUGCAGCGCUCUGAGAGUUUUGUGGUUUUCCAGACAAAAGACCUUCCUGCCAUCAACAUAAGCUUUGGGCCAUUUGCCCAGGACCAGGCCCUGUCCAAGGAGCUGCUCCAGCCAGCUAGCCCUCUGGAUAUUCCAGGCCAGCUGACAGUCAGCUGGAAAGUGCGGGCCUUCAUUGUCCAGGCGAGGGUCUUCUCCAACAACCCCAUAGUCCAGGUCUUCUUCUAUAUCGCCGGCCGUGACUGGGAUGACUUCAAAGCUCAGGACAAUCUGCCAUGCGUUCGUCUGCAUGCUUUCCGGGAUGUCCGUGAAAUCAAGACAUCCUGUCGCCUGAAAGGCAACAUGGCGCAGUGCUUGGCCCAGCUGGAGCUGCCUCCAUCCUGGUUCAACACCAACGUGGCCCCGCUGGGUCGGAGGAAAGGCUCUGGUGAUGGGCUCCUUGAUGGGUUAACUAGUGAGACCCUCCAGGCUGAGCUCUACUACACGCUGCACGAGCCUAAUCUGGAAGGGGAGUGCAGUGAGAGCUCAGGUCAUAGAGGUGGUGGGUCCAGGGGAGAGCCUCUGUCACAGCACCCUCUGCUGCGCAUUGGAAGUAUCAGCCUCUACCAGGCCAGUCAGGAGCAGGUGCUGGUGGACAAGCAGCUGGACAAGAACAUGUUCCUCAGGCUGCCAGAGAAGCCACUGAAGCCUGGAGAGACACUCAGAAUCCUCCUUUACUUGAUGCCCAACUCCACUAUUGAACAAUUCACUCUCAAGGUCAAAGCUAAAAAGGGGGUGAACCUGCUGCAGACCAAGUCGAAAAACGCCCAGUGGGAUGUGGAUUGGGAGGUGCAGUCCGGCGCCAAACAUUCCAUCACCACCAUCGAUGUGAACAAGAAGAAAGGCUUCAAGCAGGGAGAUGUGUUGGGAAAUGUCGAGGUGAUGCAGCUGGAUUUCGAGAUGGAGAACUUCACAAGCCUCUCGGUGACCAGAAGGAUCAACUGGAACAUUGACUACAAGGGCCAGAACCCGAUGCCUGAUACGGAGAAGGUUGUGACAGAGCUGACGGUCGUGCAGCGGGACAUUCAGGCCAUCAUCCCUCUGGCUAUGGACACUGAGAUUAUCAACACAGCUGUUCUGACUGGACGCACAGUGGCCAUUCCUGUUAAAAUGGUCUCCAUAGAGAUGAACGGGGCAGUGACAGACGUCUCAGCCUUUGUGCAGUGCAAGUCCUCAAAUGAAGAUAUUGUAAAGGUGUCCAUGAAUUGUGACUACGUGUUUGUCAAUGGGAAAGAGACGCGGGGCUCCAUGAACGCCAGGGUCAUCUUCAGCUACGAGCAUCUGAGCGCACCGCUGGAGCUCACCGUCUGGGUGCCCAAACUUCCUCUGCAGGUGGAACUUUCUGACAACAAUCUCAGCUUCAUAAAAGGAUGGAGGGUUCCCAUUCUGCCCGACCGAAGGAGCACCAGAGACAGCGACACAGACGAUGACGAGGAUGAGCGACGGGUGAGUCGAGGCUGCACCCUGCAGUACCAGCGGGCUCUGGUCAAGGUCCUGACCCAGUUCCACACCACAUCAACGGAGGGAACUGACCAGGUCAUCACCAUGCUGGGACCAGACUGGCAGGUGGAUGUCACAGACCUGGUCCAGGACUCCCUCAAGGUGGCAGACCCCAGGAUUGCAGAGCUGGUUGAUCGGACAAUACUGGUGGGCCUGGAGCUAGGAUCAACUGCACUCAAGGUGGAGUCUCCACUGGCAGUGGACGCAGUGCUGGGAGAGGCGCCGUUCUCUGUCACAGAUGACAAGGUUUCCAUCAUGGAGCUGCGUGUUCACGCUAUUUCAGGCCUGACCCUGUCGCUGCAGCCCAGCCCCGGCAACAGCCACACCAUGGUGGCCAAGGCAACCGGCCUGCAGACACUCACUGCUCUCAAACAGGAGGCCAGUCUGUCCGUCUGGAUGAUUUUCAGCGACAACACAGCCGCCACUUUGACUUACUUUGACCCCAAAGAUUACAACCUCAAUGCCUCAGCGCUGGAUGACAAAGUUGUGUCAAUUUCCCAGGAGCCUCAGCAGCGUUGGCCUGUAGUGGUGGCAGAAGGGGAGGGAUCUGGCGAAAUGCUGCGAGUAGAGAUGACCAUCUGUGAGGCCUGUCAGAAGACCAAGCGCAAAAGUGUCAUUGCAUCUGCUGCAGUUUAUGUCAAGGUUCGCUUUGGCCCAGAGGAAGACUCCGAGGAAGAGACGACCACUGAGGGAGAGAUUGAGCUCGUACCCGUCACCAGGCGGCCAAUGAUUGAUCCAAACAACGGUGGGAGAAUAUAUGAGACAUCUAAUGAGCAGCCUGCCAGCGUUCCCAUUGAUUACACCAAUUUCCCCACAAGCAGCAACCAAGAGCAACCCACUGAGAUUAGUGAUGAUGAUUUAGUGCCUUCACCACGCAGCAUGACAGACCUCGAGAUUGGCAUGUAUGCUCUAUUGGGAGUCUUCUGUUUGGCCAUCUUAGUCUUUCUCAUCAACUGCAUUGUCUUUGUGCUUAAAUAUCGUCAUAAGCGCAUCCCACCUGAGGGUCAGGCCAACAUGGACCAUUCCCAUCACUGGGUGUUCCUAGGAAACGGCCAGCCACUCAGAGCUCAGUGUGACCUGUCGCCGCAGCAGGUAGAAAGUCCCAGCAACCCUUUGGAGGGUGUACAGACUUGCUGCCAUGGAGACCACCACAGCAGUGGCAGUUCCCAGACUAGCGUUCACAGCCAGGUACAUGGACGGGGUGAUGGCAGCUCUGGGGGCUCUACAAAGGAGAAUGGAGAGGAGGCAAGUUCACCCACCUCCAAGCGUAAGAGAGUCAAGUUCACCACGUUUACCACCCUUCCCACAGAGGAGCUACCCUACAACUCCAUCCCCAUCGCAGAUGAGGAGGACAUUCAGUGGGUUUGCCAGGAUAUGGGCUUUCAAGACCCAGAGGAACUGCACAAUUACAUGCGCAGAAUAAAAGAAAUAGCCUGAGAAAAGAGGUGCAUCGUGAAGCACUGCUCAGCUUUCUAAAAUAAACAUUCCUUUCUAUUUUUCUCUUUUUCACCUAAGUGAAAGAUAACUUCUCACAGACUAAAAAGGCCAGUUGUUGUUUUGGUUAUGAUUUGUUCCAUUUAGUUUGCACAGUGCUGUAAUCUCAUACACGCUCACACUGAAAAGAAAGCAAGGAAGCCAAAUACUUGACUGGAGGGUCUAAAUCACCAGAGACUUUGGUAAAUCUUGGCUAUAGCAAAUGUUUCACUUGGAAAGCUGAGCCAUGGACGCAUGAGGGCUGCUUUGACACUCUUUAUGUUCAGGUUCUGACUAGAGAAAUCCUGAUAUGGACAGGUGUGUAGAAGUUAGGGGCUGUGUUUCAGUGGCUCGGCAGGACUCUGCAGUACUGUACCUACUCCAAACAACGAGGCCUUUGAUGAACAAAUAACUGUCAAAGACUCUCAUGAAAUGUGUUAAAAAUCCUUUUGUUUUUUUCAAAGUAGGAAAAAAACAUUCUUUUAAUGGCAAAACCUUCAUUGUUGUUCUCUGUGCAGCACAUCCAUGAUUUGUACUCAUGUUCAUUCCAUACAUUUUCAACAUUUCAUAAGUAGUUGAAAAUAGUGCCCAGCUAUUAGUCCUAAUGUUCCUGAAGAAUCUAAUGCCUUAUAAAAACGGUCACAGUUCGCUGCUUUUAUCAGUGCAGACGCCCUGUUUUCGCACCACUGUGGGGCUGGAGACAGUGUAGUAAAGAGCAUUUGAUGGAAAUUUCUUCAGCAGCUCUCCAGCAUGAGGUCUAAAAUAAGAAUAUCUCAGAGUCUUUGCAUGAAAGAGGAUCUUGAGGCACAAUCGGCCACUUUUUUCCAAAUUUUUAAAUGUUUAUAUUGUAAGUACACAAAUAUCCACACACAUACAAAACUAAAUAUGUUAUCAUGCAUUACAUGCAUGCCAUGUUCGGUUUACAUGCAGACAUUCCUCUAUGUAUAUAACGUGUUGAACUGGAGCCAAUCCAGCGCAAUCCCUAAAUCAGUUUCUCACUCCACGAUGGAGGAGUGGGAAGCCGGUUGAAGUCUUGGAAAUUUUAUAGUCUUGUAGUGGGUUGAAAGUUCUUGACAGAUGUGUAAAUUUUUAACACAUAUACUCAACUGUUCAACAUGCGGAUUUGCUAUGCAUCAGGACUGUGACAGACCUAAUCUUUUGAUGUUUUAUUUUCCUUUCCCCAAGUUUAGCUGGCCUCCACCCUUUGGGAGAAUAAAAUAUAUGAUAUACAAAUAUAUUUAUAUAUAUAAAUAUAUAUAUAUAUAUAUAUAUAUAUAUAUAUGUACAAGUUGAAAACAUUCUCACUGAGCACAAGAUCCUCUGAACUCUGCAGGAAAUGUAAUCCACCCUUACAGAAGAUCACUGGAUAUUUUAUUGAUUUUCACCCAUGACUUAUAUAUUUACAUCCUGGCCAUCCCAUGUUGUCACAGUAUUGUUUUAUAUCCAUAUUCCCAAUUUUGUUCAUUCAUUUUAGUGGACGUACAUCUAGAGAUCACAAAUUUUCCUCAAACUGAACAAUAUGAAUGGGGCCAGAGUCUUGUAGCUUCUGCUGGGACAAAAAUAAAACAUGCUGGAUGGAUGACCAGGCUACCACCACUAGGAGUUACAGAGGUGGGCUUGGCUGUGAAGAACCUUGGCGCUUCCUAUCUGCUCCCCAGGCACUGAAACAUGGCAGCCCACCACUCUCUAGUACAUCUAGAGAUGGGUCAAAUGUAGAGCUGAAUUUCCCAACUGGGAUUAACAAAGUUAAAAUGAUUAUUUUGACAUGGUUGUGAGAUUGCCUUUGCUUCAGUAACAAAUCAGAACGACUCAAAUCAACACCAGGCAGUGGAUGCCAUUUUCAAUUCUGGCCGUGUUAAUUCCUGUAAAAGUAAAAAAUCUCAGCAGGUUGCUGGAUAUCAGCAGUGUUCAAGGUAUUUUUUUUAUCUUUAGUGUAGCACAGUGGUUCUCAAACUUUUUCUGGACAAAAUGAACAGACCUAAAGUUGAAGUGUCAUUUUUACUACUGCAGCUAGCAGCUCCAGCUGUUUUCAGAUUAGGAUUCUACAACAUGUUACAGAACUUUUAACUUUUUAAAUGUUUUUGUCCACACUCUUCAUUAAUAGGCAUUAAUAUCUGAUGAUAAGCCAGGAAGGGACCAGCCAGCAGCAGCUUCCAGUCUGGUCCAGUCUGAGCAGAGGUGAACGUCUCCUCCUCUGACUGCAGCUGGGAGCGCUAAUGGACAGAGGAGGGGCAGAGGCGCUGCCCAUUGAGAAGAAGUAAAUGCCAGUAACUCCAGAAAAAGUCGCUAGAUUUGUUGCUAGUUGCUUCUUUGAAACAGUCACUAAAUGGGUCUGAAAACUCACUAAAUAUAGUACAAAAGUAGCUAAAUAAGUAACCCUGACGUGUGUCUCAAUUUAAUUGGUGUACCGAAAACCGUGCACUGACAAACGUUCUGCAUUGUUUGGAAUGCAAAGUGUGAUUGAAUGUAUUAAUUGUUUUAUAAUUAAAUAAUUGUAAUUAACACAUUAAAGUCCCACACACACACGCAUAUAGAUAUAUAUAUAUAUAUAUAUAUGUAUAUAUAUAUAUAUAUGAGAACCUGGACAAUUAAUUUAUUAAGCUUUCCAACUACAUGGCUGAAAUGGGCCAGUUUAACGUGUCUUUUAUUUAGCUGCAUUUUCUGAUGGUGGUAACCAGGCAGGAUUUCAUGUUUCAUCUAAAAGGUUUCAUCUUAAAAAUUGGACUGGCUUACUGACUUGAGGAGAUGUAAUAAGGAAACGUCUUUCUACACAUUUACUGUAAAACCACGAACAGGAUAUCCACCUUCUUUCAUCAAAUACCUGUUUCUCCAUGUGUCUUUCUUUCUUUUUCUCUCAGUGAUGUGGUUUGGUUGGGUAAACCUGUUCUCUGGCCCACAGUUGUUGUUCUUGAUGUUUUUUGGUGGUUGGCAAAAACAAACUUGUGCAUUGCUGCCACCAAGUGGUCUGGAGUGUAGACCAGAACGUUUCCAAGAACCACAGUUUUCAAAACAUUUGCUCCUCCACUACAAUUUACCAAAUUCCACGCACCUUCCCCCCUUAUCAUGUUGCCGCACCCCCCAGGGGGCCCGUCCCCCAGUUUGAAAACCACUGGCGUAGUAUGCAUUUUUAGUACUAGGUGGUUAAUGUUAUUCCAGCUCUGAUCUCAAAUGAAACAAAUUCUUUUUAAGACUAAUGAGACAAACCAGGAGAUGAAAAAUAACUUUCCAAGUUAGUUUCUUCUAAUUCCGCAGUGUUCAUCCGAAGGGCUUGGAUUUGUUUUCUUUUGUGUUAACUUGACUGAUUUCUGUGAUCCUAGAAGCAAACAGAUGUCACUUCCUCCAUCUCUGGCUAUAAUGAGCAUCAGCUCGGCUUGUCACUCAAAGCUGUCACUCAAAGUAUAUUUUGUUGCCACCCAACCUGUUUUUCCAGCCCCCACAGUGUCGGUAAAGACCCAUUCUAAUACUGUUCUCAUCGUGGCAGCUUUGUUAUGCAAAUAUCAACUCCGUAUGGGACAAAACAACUGAAUUAAACCAAUUUUUUGUCAGCUUUUUAUUUACGAGUUCAUCAUAUAUGACAGUUAAAAAUAUCUGAAAGUUUGAUACUGCUGUUGCUUACGCCAUUGCACCAACAUUGUAAAUACUGGGGCAAAACAGGCUUUAAUUUUUAAAGUAUUUGAAAGUGGUCAUGAUCUUUCAUCAAUGUGGAUACUCUACAUGUAAAUAGACCCAGAGAUAAUACUUAAUACCUAAAUCCUGGAUUGGCACUUUCAUGAUGUGGCAUACUGCAUGACCUCUUUAUGUUCCAAAUAUCAUGUCGGUUCUGUGUUAAACAGCAGAAGACACAGAAAAACAGGAAAGUCUGAGCCCGUCACCGUUCAGCAGAAACAUCACCAAGAUCUGCCAUUAAUUUGAGAAAAAUACCAGCCAGCUGUGAGUUUUUCUGUGACGAUGGUCUCUCGGGAUGAAUGUAGAAUUCCUAACAAAACCUGCAUCUUUUGUGUUUGGUGUUGCUGUGCUAAGCCCAGCCUGGUGACCUUUAUAACAGAGUAUCUAAUAGCAGCUUCAUGCAAAGUUCUCCUGAUUUUUCUCAUGUUUCAUAACACAUCUCAUGUUUCCUCACCUUUUUACAUUUGACUUCUUCUCCCUUGUGCAUUUUUAUGUCCUUUUUGUGGUAAAGCUGCUUUGGUAACAUGUUGCUCAUUUUGUGUUUUCUUCAAGCUGCUAAUAGAGACUUCUUACAACAUGUAAAUGAAGAUUUUUUUGAAUUGUAUCCCCACCCUCACACCCACCCACAGUGAACUGUGCACGAUACACACGGCUCAGUUGGCUGAGCCACGUAACCACCACACUGACUAUAAUAUUGUAAUGUACAGAGCACUGUUACAUUUCCUGUAUCCUGUUGAAAACAAACCCUUGUAUUUUCCCCCAUUAUAUGUAAAGUACUAAAGAAAAUGCAAUACACAA